CCUCUCCAAAGAUACGUUACCUUUUUACCCUAAUUGGCUGCCUCAUCGUACGGACACUAAUUUUAACAUCGAAGUAUCUUUACAAGUAGCCCCACCUGCCGAUCCAUCAACGACUUAGACGGUUAUCCUCCUCGAAAAGCUUGCACCCAGGUCCAGAUCUCCCGUGUCACACCAGUCAAAUUACCACCCAAACCUCCCAUCACCCGAGCAACCGAACAUAAAUGAUUCUGAAGGCAUAUCACCACCAUCAUAGGAGUCACGAUUUGGCUGAAACCUUAAAUAGUUAAAUGUUGUUCCAUCUCCAAGGCCAUUUCGACCCUACACGGGACCCACGACCACCACCACUCCCUCAACUGAAAGCUCAUAAAACUACCCAAUUCUACCAAUACCAUACUACAUGCAAUAUCAAUAUUCAGUAGACAUAGCUACUGCUGAUCUGUUGAGUGUUUCCGAUGUUGAAAUCUUGCUGUGUAUGAAUGCAGUGGGUAUCAUCAUUAUUUGACUUCACUUCCCCUUUCUCACGAAAACGGAACACCGAACACCACACGCGUUUUCAACUCCAUAUUUAUAGACAAGACUAUAGUCUUAAAAUAUGGGAAAAGAGCAAAAGCAGGAGAAUGCAAUCAUCACCACCAUACCUCCACAACCCCAGGACAAGGGCCAAGAGAACCAAUCGGAACCCCAAAACGACGAUUUCGAGCCUGAAAUUGAGGUCCCAUUGCCUCUCACCGAUACUUCCCGGGUUUUGUAUAUGUUGGGAGAUUUCACCGCAGGGCCUGCGUUUAGGUUCACGCAAUGGCUCCAAUUGGUUCGUAAACGCACUGCCAAUUCCAAUUCCAAUUCCUCUGGAUUCCCCCACCGUCGCUGCCGUUCUGCCACCACCAUGCCUUCUACUCCGACCAUUGGCGAAUCAAUUCAGGGUGCAAAAUGCGAUACAGCCCCUGAGCAAACAGAAAUUAGUUUGUGGGAUAGGCUUGGGAAAGCUUCCAUGUUGGACAUUGAAUCGAGUUCAUUUUCUUGGGACAAGCUCAUUUCACUUCACCACAUUGAACACAGCAGUAGCAAUGAACUUAUUGAGGAUGAAAUGAACAAAGCUCUUGAGGUAACUGUAAAUUCUGGAGGGGUUGUCUUCUUUGCCUUUUUCAACUGCACUGGGAAUGAUGAUGCUGUUCCAAAAGAAGCAGCAGCUGUUAUAAAGAUAUCAUCAUCAAGAAUGGCAACACAGUCUGAACGCCUUGGCUAUGAAUUUGCCAGGUGUUUGGGAGUCCAAACGCCACAGGCUAGAGUCAUUCACAAUACCAGUUCAGAAUGGCACCAAAUAAAAGAAGCUGCAGAAAAGGCUAAAGAAGCAUCAUCUGAUGAGGGUGAUGAAAUUGGGGAAGUGACCUGUUUUGAACUUUUGGAAGCUCUUGAGCUUAGCAGAUGUCUCUUUUUUAUGAGUUAUGUACAUGGAUCACCUUUGCUUGAGAACUCUAGUGCCUUUGAGUCCGAAGAAUUUGCAGAAAGUACAUCAGCAGCUCUUGGCAGGGUGCUGAUGUUGGACCUAGUCAUCAGAAAUGAAGAUAGGCUCCCUUGUCGUGAACUUAGGUGGCGUGGGAAUUCUGCAAAUUUGUUGUUGGCUGAAAAGAAGAUCUCUACAAAUACAGAUGCAAUAGAAGCCGCCUUUGAUUCUGCAAUAAAUCGAUAUAGACCAAAAGCAAUUAGGGCUCUUCAAAAAGAAAGAAGGUCAACUUCAGUUGACAGCAGACUCAUUUCUCAUAAGCCUGACUUGAUAUCACAAGCUUCUGAUCUGUCUGAUAUUUUAGAGUCUCCGAGAUCCGUUGACAUGAGCCUGGAGAGGCAAAAAGAAUCUCCCGAUUUUAACAUUGUAGCCAUUGAUUCUGGUGUUCCUCGCCGGCCCCCUGCUGGAAAACGUGCAAAUGACCAGGUUAAUUAUCCUAAGUUGGUUGAGUUGUUAUUGCAUAGUUCUGAGUUUGCCUCAAACCUUUUAUAUGAUAUAACUGGAGGGAAAUUAGGAUGUCCUCCACCAGAAGACAUGGAUACACUUGAUACACAUGAUACACAUGCAAGUGACAUGACACCAGUAGUUCAUGCAUUUCGUACCGGAUUUCGGUCUUCUCUUAGAGAUUUGCAGGGUUUCCAUAUAUUCCUACUAACACUUCACCAAAGACUAGAUAUCUUGUUUCGAUCAUUUAUGAACAUUAUAAGCAAAAUAUCUUUGGGGGAAGGUGACAAAGAGGAUUCAGUGGUACCUGAGUCACCUUCAAUGGCUACUGGUAGUAAUUGUUACUCUCCAACCAGUAGGGAGAGGUUUUCUAAUGAUAACCAUCAAGAUUUUACUGAUUCAGAAUCUCAGAGAUAUGCUUCAAGGGCAUCAUCUUGGGGAAAUAGAGAUAGUUGUGACUCUGCUUCAACAUCAAAAGAAAGUCGGUAUGGAAAGUUCUAUAGAGGAAAUGGGGAGCCACUUCGCAGUCUCCGCUUAACAACUAAGAUUCGUGACUUUCACAAAUUCGCAAAGGUCGAUGCUGAAUCUAAUAAAGAAUUGGAGCAGUGGAAUGAAAUGCUUAAAAGUGAUGCUAUCAAACUAUGCCAGGAAAACAACUUCUAUACAGGAUUUUUUGAGGGUAGUGAUAAUAACAUCAUUGUUGAUGCAUAUGAACUUAAGGUCAGACUUGAGCAUAUUCUUGAAAGAAUUGCAUUGAUAUCUGACGCUGCAAGUACAGAGAAACCAUCUGCCGUUACAAGCACUGUGUUCAUUGGUGGAGCACUAGCUGCAAGAUCUGUUUAUACAUUGCAAUACUUGGGAAUCACACAUAUUAUAUGCUUGUGUACCAAUGAAAUUGGUCAAUCAGAUACUCAGUUUCCUGAUCUAUUUGAGUACAAGAAUUUCUCUGUGUAUGACAAUGAAGAUUGUAACAUCAGCAGCAUAUUUGAAGAAUCAUGUGAUUUUAUAGAUCAUGUUGAACAAAAUGGCCAGAAAGUUUUAGUUCAUUGCUUUGAAGGGAAAAGCAGAAGUGUGACAGUGGUCCUUGCUUACUUAAUGCUCAGGAAGAACUUAACUUUAUUAGAAGCAUGGAAUGCUCUGAAACGAGUUCAUCGCCGGGCACACCCUAAUGAUGGUUUCGCAAAGAUCUUACUGAAACUAGAUCAGAAACUGCACGGGAAGGUGUCAAUGGAGUGGCAGCAGCGGAAACCGAGCAUGAAAGUUUGCCCCAUAUGUGGGAAGAAUGCAGGACUAAGCAGUGGCUCACUGAAACUGCAUCUGCAGAAAGCACAUAAGAAGCUAUCAUCUGGGAGUGUAGAUAGUGCCAUGUCAAUGGAGAUCCAAAAGGCAUUGACAGCUUUGAAGAUUAGCCGUGGCGGAAGUGUCAGCCGGACACAAAGGUCCUCUCAUUCAACAGAUGAGUGAAUACAAGAUACUGUAAAUCCAACUUACUUUACUCUAGCAACAGAUAGUAAGUAUAGGAACUAAUGAGGGUAAAUAUUUUACUUGAGCAGCUACGCCUGAAGUAUAGUUUUUCUUCUGUCCAUUUCUUCUAGCUUCUCUCCUGUAAAACCUAAAGGGUUAAAGGUUGCAACAUGUGGGGGUUAUUAUAGGUGAAUGUUCUUCUAAGAUGAUAUUUUCUCAACAUUUGCAUAGUUGUCUCACCGGUAAAUAUGAUAGUGAUAGAUAAAAUAAUCAUCAAAUUUACUAAUAAGAUACUGUAACUAAAAUAUUUCACUAUUGAUACAUAAUUUACUGAUAAAUACAAGCAGAUUAUUCAGAAUCAGUUACUGUUUAUGGGAGAGGGGAAUAUCACUUUCAAAUUGAGAGCGUGCAGUUUACUUUGAAAAAGGUUCGAAUACCCAAAGAGCAUACUGCUUGGAGAUCUCUCGGUAAUCAGUUAUCAUACAAUUAGAGAUGGCAUGUGAUGGUGAUCGGUCAAACUGGGCAAUGACUUCUGAAUUAUAAUGCACUUUUUUUUUUUUAUAACUUUUCUUUCUUUUCUUUUUUUGGAAGCACUAUUACUGAAUACUGAUACACUUCAGUUAUAAUAAACAUGAUCUUCUUAAUCUGUUUUUUCGUCAAGUGUUAUUUAUCGAGUUUCGAUUAGUUUUUUAAUUUUAUUUUACUAUAUAUGACUUACCCUAAUUAAAUUAAAUAUCAUAAUUAUAGUUUAACAAUGUAACUAUUCUUUUAAUUCUUGGGCUACUAACUUGAAAUAAUUAAGAAAAAAAACCCAGUAAUUUGUAUUUUGUAGUUCACCGUAAUCAUGAAUAAGUGAAUAUCGUGCUUAUGAUUGGAAGAGUAAAGACAUCCCGCUUCCACUAAAAUUGUACAUUGAUGCACAAUAUCCGAGGUACGGCUCAAGUUCUCAUUGUCAUGGUAUUGGUCCCUGUUCUAUUUUCUUUCUUGGUGAUGGGCAAAACACGCCAU